GGGCCCGGGGCGCCGGGCGCGGGGUUGGGCGGCGGCAGGAAGGGCGCGGGCGCCGCCGCCUUCCGCCUGAGCGAGAAGUUCGCGCUGCUGCUGGUGUUCAGCGCCUUCGCCACGCUGUGCUUCGGCGCGAUCUUCUUCCUGCCCGACCCCUCCAAGCUGCUCAGCGGGGUGCUGUUCCACGCCGCGCCCGCGCGCGCGCCGCCCGCAGACCCCCGGCCCGGGCCCGGGGCGCGCGCCCAGGACCCCCUGGCCCGCAUCCGCGAAAACCAUGAGCGUGCGCUGCGUGAGGCCAAGGACACACUGCAGAAGCCGCCGGAGGAGAUCCAGAGGGACAUCCUGCGCGACAAGGCGGAGGUGGCCCGCGACCAGCAGCGCGAGCCGGAGCCCGAGCACGGGCUACCAGCCCUCGACUUCGCGCCGCCCGUAGGCGUGGAAAACCGCGAGCCGGCGGACCCAGCGGUGGCCGAGAAGCGGGCCAAGAUCGCAGAGAUGAUGAAGCACGCCUGGGACAAUUACAAGCUGUACGCCUGGGGGCUCAACGAGCUGAAGCCCAUCUCCAGAGGUGGCCACUCGAGCAGCCUGUUCGGUAAUAUCAAAGGAGCAACUAUAGUAGAUGCCCUGGAUACACUUUUUAUUAUGGGAAUGAAAGAUGAAUUUCAAGAAGCAAAAUUAUGGAUUGAAAAAAAUUUAGACUUUAAUGUGAAUGCUGAGAUUUCUGUUUUUGAAGUAAAUAUACGCUUUGUUGGUGGACUGCUGUCAGCCUACUAUCUGUCUGGAGAAGAGAUAUUUCGAAAGAAGGCAGUGGAACUUGGGGUAAAAUUGCUACCUGCAUUUCAUACUCCUUCUGGAAUACCUUGGGCAUUGCUGAAUAUGAAAAGUGGCAUCGGGAGAAACUGGCCAUGGGCCUCCGGAGGCAGCAGCAUUCUGGCGGAAUUUGGGACGCUGCAUCUGGAGUUUAUGCACCUGAGCCAUCUGUCAGGAAACCCCAUCUUUGCUGAGAAGGUGAUGAAUAUCCGAACAGUACUGAACAAACUGAAAAAACCCAAGGGCCUUUAUCCUAAUUACCUGAACCCCAGUAGUGGACAGUGGGGCCAACAUCAUGUGUCGGUUGGAGGACUUGGAGACAGCUUUUAUGAGUAUUUACUCAAAGCGUGGUUAAUGUCCGAUGAGACAGAUCUGGAGGCUAAGAGGAUGUAUUUUGAUGCUGUUCAGGCCAUCGAGACUCACUUGAUCCGGAAGUCCAGUGGUGGGCUGACCUACAUCGCAGAAUGGAAGGGGGGCCUCCUGGAGCACAAGAUGGGCCACCUGACCUGCUUUGCUGGGGGCAUGUUUGCACUUGGGGCCAGAGGGGCACCUGAAGCCCUAGCUCAACACUACCUGGAGCUCGGGGCUGAAAUCGCACGGACAUGUCACGAGUCCUACAACCGCACCUUCAUGAAACUGGGACCUGAAGCCUUCAGAUUUGAUGGCGGGGUGGAAGCCAUUGCCACCAGGCAGAAUGAAAAAUACUACAUCUUGCGGCCUGAAGUGAUCGAGACCUACAUGUACAUGUGGCGGCUGACGCACAACCCCAAGUACCGGAAGUGGGCCUGGGAGGCCGUGGAGGCUCUGGAGAGUCACUGUCGGGUGACUGGGGGCUACUCUGGGCUGCGCGAUGUGUACUUGGCUCACGAGAACUACGACGAUGUGCAGCAGAGCUUCUUCCUGGCGGAGACACUGAAAUAUCUGUACUUAAUAUUUUCCGAUGACGACCUCCUCCCCCUGGAACACUGGAUCUUCAAUACUGAGGCACAUCUCCUCCCUGUACUCCGAGCAGAUAAAAAGGAAGUUGAAGUAAAAGAGAAAUAAAAGGACAGCUUCGAUUUCCUUCUGCUUCACUCCCCUCACUGCAUACCUUACUGGGUCCUGUCCUGGUAAUCAGCACAUGAUGAACUUUUAUCAAUAGUCUAUGGUUACUCUAAGUUCUCAAGUUGUUUUGCAGUCUUUUGUGUUUACUCUGAGACAUAACUACAUCUAAAUUCCUGUUCCUUAUGCAGCUGGUCAAGUCCCAGAUUUUGGUUCUCUAGUUUGUUUGAACAAGCUUAUCACUGUGGGUCAUCAAGGUGUGGCAUCAUUUCUCUUAAUGGAGUACACUGCUAUUCCAGUGACCUUCAUUACCAUUUGGUUUGACUGCAAAACUUUUUCCUCCUCUGUGAGGAGAGGACGUCUGCUUUAAGCUGUACUGUUUUGCCAUGUUGCAAAAAGCCAUAAUAAUAAAUGAACUAUUAAAAAGCUUUUUCCUUUUCAGUAUCACAUGAACAUGGUUUGUCUAUCCACUAGAGACAGAUCUUAUAACUGUGACAGCCUCCUUAUGCGGGUCUAUCAUUACCUGAUAGAAAGUCUCCUUACACGCCUUCCCUCACCUGUGUCUCAGAUCAGAAAGUCAUCCCAAGAGUAGCCCUGCAUCGCUUCAGCUCAUCACAGCCACAGUAUGUUUUGGUGGGGUGAUGGCAUUGCUGUUUUCACAUUGGUGAAUUUGGUCUCGUUUUACUUUGAGUGUCCGGUGUCAUUUCUGGGCCGAGGACUCCUUAAGUCCUUCCGUUCCCUGCCCCACAGCCAGGUGAGCUCUCAGGCUUGCAACUCUACCAAUGGGGAACAACAGUUUUUAAAGGGAAAACAUGUCUCUGUUAAUGUGCUAGCUUGGCUUUUAACCAAGUAAGUAAAGCAAUUUGGUCUCUAUGAGAGAGAGAUGAUUUCACAUGGCUGUGAGUGAGUUCAUUUGUUUUCAUUUCAUCUUACAUUUUUGCUUAAAGAAAGAAGCAUUCCAUUUGGUUCAGGUUUUUCAAGUUUGAAAAGAAUCUUUUCUCUCAGAUGCAGUAAACUAUGUCAUUUGAAAGCAGGAUUUGAGUUGGUAAGAUUUGCCAACUUAUUUACUCGUAGAGAGCCUAAUAAACUCUUAGUCAAAUAAUAUAUUUAGUGUGGUUAAGUUAAACAUGAUGACUCCAACUUGGAAACAGCAUAUAGCCCCACAGUUUUUCUGCAGCCAAUCAAAAUAAUUGAUUCUUAUAAAUAUUAAGUUUUGCAAAAGAGGAACGUUUCUUCCCAGAAUAGAUCUGUGAGAGCCUGGGUCCUGUUGUCACACUGGCCACACUUCCACAGGGGGCCGGACCCAGUGCCAUGUGCAUGAGGGCCCGAAGGCUCCAACAGCCUGAGUUCCCACCAGAGAGUGGUUGGGGGCCACCUGCUGGUCAGCCCAAGGCAGAUGCGUUGCCACGGUCCUAUGUUUUAAAUUUAAAACAGUCCAGGGUCAGUAAUUUCACAUGGCUCAGCUCAAUAUUUUUAAAACAAUUUUUUUUGUAGAUGUCUUUAGACAACAUUUUUAGCAGUUUCAGCUUUGCAAAUGUUUGAGGUUUUCUUCCAUGAGACUGGUUUGUAUGGCCUAUUUUGGUUUUGUUUUUCAGUAUGGUUUGUUGGCGUAUUAGUACAUCAUUAUGGCCCCACUAAUGCAUCUGUGACCCAGAACAACUUUUAUUCAUUUCUACGGACUAGAAAGUCCUUUCCCUUAAAAUUUAAGGAAAAAUAGAAAAGAUUACGGCCCAAAUUGGUUGUACUUAUUUAUAGUUCUCACAUGAACAUCCUUGGACUAGCGAUCUACAUUAAUAAACUUUCUUUGCAUUUCAGUGUGACUCAAAGGUGCACAUAAGCCGACCCCCUACCCCUGUGGCAGGUAGAGUGUGAGGUCAGGCUGUGUGCCCCCCACUGUCCCUGCUGGAGCCCUGGCAGAGAGAGGACGCUGUGCACUGCGUCGCUCUGCCAUGGCGAGGACAGGCUUUCAGUUCUAGAACUUGCUUUUUUUAACCCAAGUCCCAAAACACCAAAAAUGUAAAUGAGAUCGGAGAUUAAUAUUAUAGUGAUGUAAUUUAAAGUUAUAUUUUGUGUUGAUUAUGUUACAUCUGAAGUCUCUAGGGAGACACUGUCUUUCGUUCCUUUUCACCAAAACUGCAGUUCAAAUGUCGUAUGUAUUCACAUCCUUAAAAGUGAGCAAUUUAAAGAGCACUUAAUUUUGUGUUUGCGCAGUGUGUCUGGAUACCUUCAUGCAGCCGAUAUCACAUACGUUGUGAGCCAGUUUCCAGAACUCAUGACUUCGCCUGACCUUUACAUUUGUGUUGCCCAAUUUUACACUGAUUGUUUCUGAUGUGUACACAAUUCCAUUCUGUCAUUUCCAACUUUAUAUAAACUUAUAAUGUUAUAAGAAACAAUAGAUUGACACAUAAUUUUUAAAAAUUAUAUUUGUAAAAUUUCUCUAUUGUGAAUAAAGUCUGUUAAUAUAUCUCC